AGGGCUCCUUGUCGCUAGGGUUUUGUUCUCUCCACUAUCGGUCCCCCGAAGAGUGGUCGUUGUUUUCGAUGGACCGUUGUCGGUUAGGUGUGCGAGUUGGCUGAGGUGAGGAGUGUGGCUUCCUUUUUCAACGGCUGGAAGCACAUUUCCGAGUUGCAGGGCAAAGCACGGGUUUUCCGCAGGCGGUAGUGAAGGUGUGGGGGUCCUGGGAAGCAGAGGAGGAGCUUUACUUCGAUGGAAGAUAUAGUAAACCAAUACAAGCGGAUGACUAUUUGGCGAGGAUAACGAAGAGUUGAUUUUCGACUAUGAUGAAGAUGGAGAGCAGACGACGAGUGAAGGGAAGGUGGUCUUCCCGGUGGUUGGUAUGGUACUCACAGAUCAGAAGAUCAAAUUUCAGAUUUUCAAGGAGCUAAUGGCAUACAUGUGGAGACCAGUUAAAGGUGUGUCGUUAAGGAAAUUGGUGAAAAGGGGUAUAUUUUUAUUUUUUACAUUAAUUUGGAUAUGAGACAUGUGCUAGAUGAAGGUCUGUGGUUGUUUGAGAGAAACUUGUUGCUCCUAAAAGAAAUCAAGGCGGAGGAUAUUCCUCUACAGAUCAGCCUAAAUGUGGCUGAAUUUUGGGUUCAGGUUCAUGAUGUGGCGUAUGAUUUUAUGAAUUUAGGAUCUGCUAGGAGAAUUGAUAACUAUAUUGGAAAUUUUAUUAAUUCUCAUGAAAACCAGUUUGAUGAAAAAUGGGAGGCUUAUAUGCGCAUUAGGGUUAGUAUGGAUAUUAGGAGACCCCUUAAAAAAGGAACGUUGAGAAAGGGGGUAUUAGCUAAUGGGUGAAUUUCAAGUAUGAAAAACUCCCUAAUUUUUGUUUUGUGGGGUGAAGACUAGUCCUGCCGGAGGAAACAAGCGGCUGGUUGAAGGGUCUUUUAGUACUGGUAUGGGUGUACCGCAGAAGAGUGAUAGUGAGGACACAGGAGGACAGGGCUGGAAGGAGGCUACUAUAGGGGCUGGAACUAGCUCUAUCAAGGAAGGAAAUUCAAUGAGUCCGGAAGAAAUGCCGAGAGAGAAGAAGCAUAGGAAAAUCUGGGAGGAAAAGGAACAAGAGUAUCCAGUAGGAGAGGAGAUGACACUUGAUAAGCACAAAAACGGAGAGGAGGCAGGUCUAGACCAGUAGAUCAACCGGAUUACUUGAAGAUGAUGGAUGGAUCGUUUGGUUGGCUUGUGGCAGUGCAUUUAAAAUUGGAGAAGAAUUUUUAUUUUUCUGCUUAUUUAGUUGUUGUUUUAUUUAAUCGGACUGUUUACUAUUUUGCUGUUUUGAUUUUUGAUCGUAAGACUCUUGCAUUAAGAUUGGGUGAUGUUAGGUCUACUUCAAAACGUCUUUGGCUCAGGUUUGCCCAUUAUAAGAUCAACGAGUUAUAUUGCUUUUUUGAAGGUGAUUAACUCUAAGUCUGGUUCGAGAGCUGACGGUUGUUUGUGGUUCCUAUAUUGUUUUAACCUCUUUCCGAAUGUUAAUGUUGUGAUAUCAGUAAAUAAAUC